AAAAAAGUUUACCUAACAAUAACAAACUGUGUAACACUUGCUAAUUUCAAUAUGAGUUCUCGAAAAUUGGGUGACUUAAAAGUUACACCGAAAAAAGUAUUCGCAGAGUUACCGGAGACCUAUGAAGUGUCUAAAGAACAGUUGAAGUUUUACGACGACAAUGGCUACUUAGUGAUAAAGCAGCUUAUUGAUUUUGGAUCGUUAUACAGCUAUAAAAAGCAAUUCAGUUUGAUUUGCAACGGAGUGAUACCCCGUGGGAAUGUGACGAUUGUGAAGGAAGCCAACCUGGUCAAAGAGGCGAAGAAGGCUGAGGAUUAUGUUAAUAAGCUGCAAGACAUUCUCUACGACGACGUGUUUGCGUCGUACAUAGAGCAUCCACGGCUCUUGAACGUUGUGUCGCAGUUCAUCGGCGACAACGUCUCUGCGAUGCACACCAUGCUUAUCAACAAGCCUCCGGGCACGGGACGCCAUCCUCCGCAUCAGGACAUAUAUUAUUUCCCGUUCCGACCGGCACACAAGAUCAUAGCGGCGUGGACGGCCAUAGACGACGUGACCAUCGACAACGGAUGCCUGUACGUGCUGCCCGGCAGCCAUAGAGGAGAGCUGCACAGCCAUGGGUACCCUGAGAAAUUCAUGCGUCUCUACCAUGGAAUAAUAGAAGAGGACACCAUAGCGCCGGAAAACCAACGAGUGAACUUAGAGAUGAGUCCGGGAGACACAGUGUUCUUUCACCCACAUUUGGUGCAUGGCUCCAGGCCUAACGUGUCCAAGGGCUUCCGAAAAUCCAUAUCGUGCCACUACGCAAGCAGCGAUUGCCACUUCAUAGACGUGACCGGUACUGUGCAGGAGAAGAUUGCUGAGGAAAGUAUCGCUGAAGCGAAGAGACGAGGCAUUGAACUGACUUACGAGGAAAUUUGGAGAUACAGGAGCAAACACGUGAAGGGAGUCAGAUCCAAUUUGUAAGUUUAUUUACACGUAAAUUAAUAUAAACAUUUUAUCGGAAUUCUAAGAUUUAAAGAUCAUUUUCAUCGGGUAUAAGUGCGAGAUUUUUAUUUUUUUAUUAUUAUAGUAUAUUAUGUAAAAUAAUGUUUACUCUAUUAGCUUUAAAACGGUGCAAUGUGAUAUUAUAUUAAU